AUGUGUGAUGAUGUGGAACCUAAUUUUGACGCUAUGAAUGACGGAGUUGAACCUGUUAUGAUUGAUUUGACUGAUGUGUUUACCACCGGCAUGAUAUUCGAUACACGAGAUGAAUUAUUGAAAUGGGCUAGAAAUGUUGGAAGGGAAAAUAGAAUUGUUGUUGUGAUUUUUAGAUCUGAAACUACAACAACACGACCAAGAACAAAGACAAAAUUAAUUCUUGGUUGUGAAAGAAGUGGUAAAUAUAGACCUUGGAAGAAUCCUAAUCUUACGAGGAGUACUUGGACUAGAAAAUGUGAUUGUCCAUUUAGAUUGAGAGGAAUACGAUCAAAUGUUGAUGACAGAUGGUAUCGAAUGCCAUUACUUGAGAUUAUUGGUGUUACAUCUACUGAAAUGACAUUUUGUGUGGGAUUUGCAUAUCUACAGUCUGAGCGUCUUGAUAACUUCACAUGGGCACUACAAAUGAAUGUCAAAGCCAAGCGCAAGAUGAUUGUGUUUCCAAAAAAGAAGCAAGUGCAAAUAAUGGAGGCAUGGGAGGCUCUUAUUUACAGUUAUGAUGAGGCUCAGUACUACAUGAAGUUGGCUAUCUUUGAAGGAAUUUGGUUAAUUCCUCACAAGGAAAGGUUUGUUGAGGCAUGGACAAAUAGAGUUAUGCACUUUGGGAACACCACAACACAAAGGGUUGAGUCGGCGCAUUGGAGUUUGAAAAGGAUAUUACAAGAUAGUAUUGGUGAUAUAUGCAGUGUUUGGGAAACCAUCAAUAGCAUGAUUGUAUUACAACACAAUGAGAUAAUAGCAUCAUUUGAAAAAAGCAUCAUUCAAAAGGUGCAUUGA